AUGCCUGCACUUUCUACUUGCUGUAUUGGUAAAGCUAAUGCUUUACCAAUACAGCAAGUAGAAAGUGCAGAUUCUCUUAGAGUUAUCAGUCUUUCAUAUGCCAAAGAUUUCGGUUUAGUACCUGGUCAAAAAAUUUGCACUAGUUGCAGAAAAGUUCUGAAUUGCAAACAUAAUACAAAAGAAAAUGAAGUCCAAGAAAAAGAAAUUUAUGUUGACAACCAUACAUUAAAAGAAGAUCUUAAUUCAAGUAUUGCAAGUUUUGGAUGCUCGCCUCUCAAACUUGUUUCAAAAAAAGAUAGAGUUGCAUAUGGAAAGCGUAAAAUUGAUAGCGUAAGAGCUCAUACACAAAAGGCUGUUGCCAAUGUGCUAGGUUUAGAAAUAGCUGCACUUGGUGGAAUUGAAUCACCCUCAAAAAAAUGUUUGAAAAAAACAAACACAGAUUUAGACAAUAUUAUGACUCUAAUUAAGUUAAAAUUUGAAAAAACAUUGUCAAAUUCUGAAAAAAUCACACUUACACUCACUCCAGACAAAUGUAGUGUAUUUAUUUGCGAUUUUCAUCGUGAGCAAGCUUGGGAGCGUUGGCUAUCGAAAUCUAGUAAUGGGUGUUUAAUUGUCAAGGAAGAUGUCAAGGUUAUGUUACGUCGAAUAGCUCAUUCAAAAACUAUUGAGAUUUGUAAAGAAGCUGAAAAAGCAUUAAAAGAUUCAUCUGAGUAUAAUAAUCAUCCAAAACUAAAAGAGUAUUUAAAAAAUACUUGGUUGUGUAUCAAAAAGAGAUGGGUAUCCGCAUACAGACAAGAUAGACUUUUGCUGAAUGUGAAUACCAACAACGGAAUUGAGCGUCAAAACCAAAGUUUUAAAUACAGUUUCUUAGAAAAAAGAAAAAAUUCUUCCCUUACCGCUAUGCUUAGCAUAUGCAUUGAAGAAUUCCUUCCACACAAGUAUGACAGCUAUACCAAUGAAAACACAAGAGCUAACUCAUCAUACAGAAAGUACCAUGAGAAAAUACCAAUAUAUUUAACUAAUCGCCCACGCCCUUUGGUUAAUCAUUGCAUGCGAAUGAUUGACAAAUUGCAUGGUGUAGAUCUAACAGGAAUUAAUGCUGUGACAGAUAAAUUAUAUAAUGUUGCAUCAUUGAAGUCUAAUAAUCGGGUAAUAUACCAGUGCUAUCUAGGUGAUAAUGAACGUUUACCAACUUGUUCUUGUCCAUCAUGGUUUAAUUCUGCUUAUCCAUGCAAGCAUUUUUUUGCUAUAUUCUUAAAAGAAAAUCUAUCUUGGUCUGCUUUUGGUAUGGCUUAUCGAAAUUCUCCUUAUUUUGUUUUGGAUUUAUUGUCAGAAGAAAGUAGUCUAACAAAUACUGAAUAUUGUCCGGGUUCCGUUUAUUUUGUUAAUGAUUCUACAAAUGUCAAUGACAAUGCAGCACCACAAACAAUAGUUGAUUCAGAUCAAAUUAGACAAACAUUACCAAUUAAUAAUAAUCAACCAUUUAAAACUACUUACCACACUGCAGCAGAAUGUAGAGAAUUAUUGAAUGAAAUUAGUCAGUUGUCAUAUUUAUGUGACUCACAAAAAAUAGAUACUUUAUUUGAAGAAUUAUUAAAAGUUAAAAAAUGCUUGUCUGAAAGUCUUCCAACUGAAACAGGGAUUCUUUUUCGUCCAGUAGUUAAACCAGAAACUUGGAGCAAGUCUGAAUCAAAGUUGCCAAAACUUAUUAACAUCCCAGUUACACAAAAAAGAAAAACGAUGAAACGAGUUGGUGCUAGAUAUGACUUAUGUAAAGCAGCCAAAGAAAUUUGUGUAAAAGUGGAAAAGUCAGAAUCUUGUUAUUCUGAGAUUGUUACUGAUUACUCAAUUGAAGAAAAUUGCAAAAUCUUUACAGUUAGCCAUGAGUCAAUUAAAGAAACUACAUCUAUUGAAAACAACAAACACCUUCAAGCCACCAUAAGCCAAGUUAAUAACGAUGUCCAAUUUCAAACUAAGUUUCAAUGUAUUCAAAGUCUCAAAUCGUCCUUGAUUGGUGAAGCUGAACUAUUUGAAAUUGAAAAAUGUCAAAUGCUUAAUGACAAAAUUAUUCAUUUUAGCCAGCAAAUGAUGUCAAUUCAGUUAGAAAUUAAUGUGGGUUUACAGGAUCCCAUUAAGGGUCAAAUCAAUGCUUUUAAUACACAUGAGUCUACUCCUUUUGUUCAAGUUCUUCAUGACGGGAAUCUUCACUGGAUUUGUGUGAGCACAUACAAUUGUAAGCCAGGUGAAAUUUUUAUGUUUGACAGCCUUUUCCAUGGCUCUAUAUCUGUCGAGACGAAAAAGCAAAUAUGUUCUAUUUUACAUUGCAAGAAAAAGUGUAUAUUAGUUAAAGUAUUACCUGUUCAACAACAAACUAAUUUUUUGGAUUGCGGAUUGUAUGCCAUUGCCUGGGCUCGGCAAAUCCUAGAAAAUAAAAGUAUACCAUCAACUUCCAUUAUGUUUGAACAAGGGCAAAUGAGAAAUCAUCUCCUAAGCUGUAUAAAAAAGAACCACUUGAAUCUAUUUCCAGUCACUGAAAAUCCCUUACUGUUUAAAAAAUGUUUGGCAAAGAACUUUCGCAUCCCUCUACAUUGCUCAUGUCGUAUGUUUUGGACCAAUGAAGAUGAACAAAUCUUUAAUAGGUAUAUUAUGGCAUUAACAUAACUCUAAAAUUUGAAAUUUAAUUUUAAUAAAUCAUAAGUUGUAAACAUUAUUUUAGAUUUUAACAUAAUCAUUAU